AUGUUGUACGUCAUUGAAAAUGUUGAGGAGGAGAUAGAACAGUGGUGUACCUUAGAGUACAAACACAUCAGCGAGACUGUGGGCCCUUCCCGGGCCAUUUUCACCAGCGUUCCCACGAGGCGUGGCUUGCCGCUGCCUCUGUCUGCCCUCCGCAGGCAACUCGCGGACCUCCAGGCGCAGCUGAGGGCGCGGGUGCUGCCGGACUCAGCAGACACUCUCGAGGAACUCAAUUGGGACAGAGUUCUUCUGCUAGAUAUGGACGCGGACCAAGAGCUCACUGUCGCCGACGCAGACCGCUUCGACGCCGUGCUCGUUGGAGGCAUUUUAGGGAAUGUGCCUUCUGACGACAGAACUGCUGAAGUCCGGAAGCUGCGGCUGUCUCACGCGAGGCACUUGGGGCCUUUGCAGAUGACCACCAACACGGCUGUCUUGGUCUCGAAGAUCAUUUUGGAGGACAAAGUUUCCCUCAAAGACAUCCCAAUGGUGGACGAGCCCGAAAUCCCCGCAGGCCCCAACUCCAAGGAGUCGCUGGUGCUGCCGUUUCGCUACGUGGCCAAAAGUUAUUUGACGAAAAGUGAAAGUGAUAAAAGUGAGGCUUCGCAGCUUCCCCUGUCUGAGGUGUACAGACAGCUGGGUAGUACAGCGUCAGAGCAUGCGUUCCAGCUUCAUUCCUUUUCCUUUUUUCUUUUUUCUUUUUCUACACUCAGACACCCCAAUUUUGCCCGAAGGCCUGCUGCCUUUCCUUAUGGAAAGCGCCAAUUCCCCGCUGCUGUAGCAGCAGCAGCAGCAGCAGAAGACCUGCUGCAGCAGCAGCAGGAGAGCGCCCGAGCAGCCUCAAGGAGUGCAGCAAAUGCCCAUAUGAAUAUGAUGAUUUGA